ACUCAAAUCAUAUGCAAUCACAUCCAAGCAAUUAACUUUGAUCACUUCUCAUCUCUUGUGACUCUUCUCUGUCACUUACAUACCUCACUUAAUUGGCAGUUAGCAAAUAUGGGUGUUCCUGAAAUGAUGUUCAGGGUAUCUUUUGUUGCUAUACUCAUCAAAUUGGCCUUGGCCACAAAUUACAUUGUUGGAGGACCAAAUGGUGGGUGGGACACAAACUCAAACCUUCAAUCAUGGGCAUCAUCCCAAAUAUUUUCAGUGGGAGACAGUCUUGUUUUCCAAUACCCGCCAAACCAUGACGUGGUUGAAGUUACAAAGGCAGAUUAUGACUCUUGCCAGCCAACUAGCCCAAUUCAGUCUUACAAUGAUGGCACCACAACCAUCCCUCUCACUUCACUAGGGAAAAGAUACUUCAUCUGUGGAACAAUAGGACAUUGCAGCCAAGGAAUGAAGGUUGAAAUAGAUACUCUUGCCAGUGCAACAAAUUCUGUCACACCAGCAGCAUCUCCUGAAGAUUCUACUACUUCACCUGCAGAAUCUCCUGAAGUUUCUAGUGCUUCACCUGAAGAAUCUCCUGAAGAUAUUAUUCCCUCAGCCCCAAGUCCAUUGUUCCAAGCACAUCUAGAAAGUCCUACUUUCUCUCCAGUCUUUCCUUCCACUGAAUUUCCUGCUUCUGCUUCACCUCUAGCACAACAUUCAUCAGACUUGUCAGCUUCAUCAACCAGUAAAGGAAAUCUACAAGCCUACUUUGUGGUAGUGUUAAGCUUUCUAAUCAUGUUUAUAACCUUCUGAGGAUGGAAAAAUCUCACUCAACCAUUGUUUAUGAGUUCAUUCCGUGUGAAAUUUAUUUUGGUGUUCUCUGUCAGUUUGGUCUGGUUAUUGCUUACAACUUCGGAGAUAUAUAAUUUCUAUAAGCAUGUAAUGUAUUAUUAGUCAAUGAUAUUUGAUUUUAGACCCUAUUAC